UUUAUGUAAGUUUUAACGGUUAUGUAAAAAAAAUUGUUUUUUAAUGAAUAUUAUACAUUUUUAUAAUAAAAAAGAUUGUGAAAAUAGUGAUUUCUUAAUUAAUAAAAUUAUGUAAUUACCGUGAUUUGUUUUAAAAAACCAAUAAAAAUAUUACUUGAAAUAAAUAACGGUUUUUAAAAAGUGGCAUUUUUUUUUUACAAAGAUGGCCGAGAGUGGUAUAACAUCAGUUCAAGUAGCAUUAAGAAUAAGACCCCUUGUAGAAAAUGAAAUAGCCAAUGGACAAAAACGUAUAUUGGAAACGGUUGACGGGGAACCCCAGGUGUAUGUCAAAGAAUCAGAAAGAUCAUUCACAUUUAAUUAUGUAUUCGAUGCAAAUGUAUCACAAGCUCAAUUUUACAAUUGUGCUGUUAAAAAUAUGGUUAGCUCACUAUUUAAAGGAUACAAUGUUACGAUAUUGGCAUAUGGACAAACUGGUUCGGGGAAGACACAUACUAUGGGUACGAGCUAUGUAGGUGAUGACAUUGAACAAAUGGGUAUCAUACAACGAGCUGUGAAAGAUAUUUUCGAAGCAAUUGAUUUAGACGUAGAUAAUAAUUUCCAAAUUAGUGUAUCAUUUAUGGAACUGUAUCAAGAGCUUUUAUACGAUUUACUGGCUGAUAAAACUCGUGAUCAAUGUGUCGUUGAUAUUCGUGAAGAUGUUCGAGGUGGUAUUAUUGUUCCUGGUUUAACCGAAUGUACUGUGACCUCCGCAACCGAAACCAUUGCGUGUUUAACAAAAGGUUCACUUGGACGAGCAACUGGUGCCACUGCAAUGAAUGCUCAAUCAUCAAGAUCACAUGCGAUAUUUACAAUUUGCAUCGAAAAGCAAAGUAAAAAUGAUUCAAACGUUGCAACAACUGCGAAAUUUCAUCUAGUCGACCUGGCUGGUUCAGAACGACCGAAAAAAACGAAAGCCACUGGUGAACGAUUUAAAGAGGGUAUUAACAUUAACAAAGGUCUUUUGGCUCUUGGUAAUGUUAUAUCAGCACUUGGUGAAGGAAAUCAUUCUUAUGUCUCGUAUCGAGAUAGUAAAUUGACGCGCUUACUUCAAGAUUCCCUUGGUGGUAACUCAAUUACAUUAAUGAUCGCCUGUGUUAGUCCAGCUGCCUACAAUUUAGAUGAAACAGUGAGUACUUUACGAUACGCAGAUCGUGCAAGAAAGAUUAAGAAUAAACCGAUUAUUAAUCAAGAUCCGCGUGUAGCGGAAAUUGCACGAUUACAUCAACAAUUACGUGAAUUACAAUUAAUCACGUUAGAACAGGGCAAUAGUACAAGUGUAAAUGAAGAAUUACAUCGUUUACGUCAAGAAAACGAACAAUUAUUGGGUUCAAAUGAAAUGUUACGAAUUAAAAAUCGUAAACUUACCGAACAAUUACAUUCGGCUAUAUCGGAGAAUGCUUGUAUGUUAGAACGAUCGUUAAUUACCGAAACGGCUCAUGAUAAGCUACAGAAAAAAUUAUCGGAGUUAAAUGAAGAGUAUAGCACGUUAAUUACGAAUACACAGCUUACUGAAGAACAAUCAUCGGCGUAUAAAGAAAUUCAGAAUAAAAUUGAAGAUUUACGUAAAGAUCAUCAUAUUUUUCAGACGGAGGUCGUAGAUCAUGAUGUACAUAGCGCUAUAAAUAAUGCCCCACCCGAUGUAAUAUCUGAUGUAACGCCACUGUUUAAUAAAACCCACUUAUCUGUGAUAAACGAAGCGAAUGAACAGAUGACCAACGAAUACCAAGAGAAACAUGUUCAACAACAGCUAGAGUACAGUAAACAAUUACAAGCGUUAGCCUGUGAACUGGCUAUCAAAGAACGUUUAGCAUCUGAAAUCGAAGCGAAUACUCGUAAAGCACAAUUAAUUGAUAUCAAUUCGUUACAAGAAAAUGAACAGAAAAUUACAGCAUUGGAAAAAGAAAAAGAGGAAUUAUUACAACAAUUAAAACAAACACAAACUAAAGAAAUUACAUCGAAAUUAGCGGAACAACGUCGACAACGUGUUAAUGAGCUUGAAUCACAAAUCAGUGAGCUUAAUAAAAAAGUACGAGAGUUAUCACAUUUGAUAAAAUUACGUGAGAAGGAUGAACAAAAAAUUAAACAACUAAAUAAUGAGAUAAUGAGCAUGAAACAGGCAAAAGUGAAAUUGGUGAAAAUGAUGCGAUCCGAAUCGGAUAAAUUUAAACAAUGGAAAAUUCAACGAGAACGUGAAAUGAGUAAAUUAAGAGAACAAGAUCGUAAACGAAAGAAUGAAAUGAUUAAAAUGGAAAAUAUGCAUGCGAAACAACAAACGGUUUUAAAACGAAAAGUUGAGGAAGCUGCCGCAAUCAAUAAACGUCUCAAAGAUGCGUUGGCAUUACAGAAAACUGUACAAAACCGUCGGGCUGCAAAUGGAAAAGUUGAACGCGUACAAAGUUGGGUGUUACAAGAAUUUGAAAUAUUAGUCAGCACAGCCGAAGCUGAACGAACAUUAAAAUCUUUAAUUGAAGAGAAGAAAUUGAUAUUGCAAGAAAAAGACGAACUAGAAAAACAAUUAAAUGAAAACGAUGGUGAAACUGAAGAAGUGAUCCAAGAAAAACGUAACCGAAUGAAAGAGAUCCUUGAAGAUAUAGAAUUACGUGAUGCUCAAAUUUCCGACAUGAGGCAAAAAAUACAAGAUUCUGAUCAAGAAAAUAAAUCUAAAACACGAUGGGAUGCGAUACAAUCGAUGGUUGACGCAAAAUGUGCACUGAAAUGUUUAUUCGAAAUAACGGCUGAUUAUAAAAAAGAACUUCUUGCUAAGGAUUGUGAACAACGCGAUAAAAUCAAUGCACUACUCGAUAAAGUUCAUUCGUUGACUGCGGAGUUAAAUUUGAAAUGUAUCGAAUUGGAGCAGCUCAAAAUGAGAACACCCGCCCCACCCCCGCCCAAAAUUGGUCAAAAACGAAGGCGAAGUAAAAUUCAUGAGGCAUGUAUUGAUGAAGACGAUGAAGAGGAUCCGUUUUUGGAUUACGAUUCUGAUCAAGAUGUUAAACUAGAUGAUAGCAAAGAUCCGGAUUGGCAGAAAACACCAGUUGUACAAAGAAUAACCAGCAAACGACAAACUAUGAGAAUAAAACCACAUAAUUUAACGGAAAACACAAGUAAUCCAAUGGAUUCAACAGUACCGUUAAAACGUUCAUCGAAUGGAACAAUUAAAUGUACUUGCACAACCAGAUGUGAAACAAAACGAUGUUCGUGUCGAAAAUUUUCUAAUUAUUGUUCAUCAAAUUGUAAAUGCAACAAUGAUUGUGUCAAUAGAAAUAAUGAUAGUUCAAAUAAUAUGGAAACAGAUUCACCACUUAACGGAGUUUCAUCUACAGGAAUAGAAGAAAAUAAAGAAAAUGAAAAUUCAUUAAAUGGAACUGAUAAUAGCUUAAGCGAUAAUGAUGGAAACAAAACUUUUGUAAAACGGCCCAAAAAAUACUUCAGCUAGUGCUCAAAAACAUUUUUAUGUUGUCCUAGUGACGCAUACAACGGUGAUUCAAAUAAGACUUGUAUAAAGAUUUAAUAGUAGCAUUUAUCUAACUCUGGGAUACAUGAGCGAUUAAUUUAACAUGCUAAAUAUUUGAUGGCUGACAUGUAUGUAUAUUAGUUCGAAGAAAAAGAUAAAAGGGGCAUUCAACAGUUUUGGCUUUUUUUCGGUCGAAAGUACAUACUUGCUGCUUCUGCCUCAAAACAGAAGCAGGAAGAAAGUAUGUACUUUCGUGGAUAAAGAAAAUAUUAUUUGCGGGUGUCCGAGUCACGAAGUUCAGUAUUACAAAUGUAUUUAGAUUUUAAUUUCUUGUAAAUUCGUCGUUAUAAAAGCCAUGUCAGUAUAACCGAUAACGACUGUGCUUAUGCGUGAAAAUUGCUAAUUUUUAUGUACAAAAGAAACAUGAACGGCAUACGCUCAAACAUUUUAAAUUAACG